AUGGCGGAAUUUCCGCCGCUGGCUCCAGUGCCCUCCCCCGCAGUGCGGAGGACAAUCCCAUCAAAUGAUUGGGAAGCUUGUCUAGAUGCAUGGAUGGCCCUGUUGGGGAUCCGCCUGACUGCAUCUGAUCAACAGUUUAAGGUUGCAGCAGCUGAAGAUGCAUCAAUACCCCCAUUCCUGGGGUCUUACUAUCAAUACACGGCUGCGGGGGAUUCUAGUUUACAAAGUGGACCUAAAGCUCGACAGCUUCGGAAGCUCUGCUUUCUGGCGACAAGAAGAUACAUACUUGAUCUCUCCAACCCACCAGACGGAAUUAUGGACUGGAGACUUCUCGGCAAUCUAUGCUGCUGUUACCCUUCUAGCGUGGCCUUGAAGAUGUCAUUAUCAAGUGCCUGGGAUCUGCACCAGGGCAAGAUCACUUCCAGUAUCGAGAGAGCAAAAGCUAUUGUGAUUAAGAACCUCUCUUCGACCAACUCAUCCUCAAACCCUGAAGUCAUUUCUGACAUCCGCCGUCUGACCAUCCUUGCUUCAGUGCUGCCAGCGUGUGGCCAGGUGCUGAUGGCAGGCUCCGACUUCCUGGAUACGAUAUCGGAAGCUUACCAGUCAAAAGGUGCUCGGGAGGAGUUCCGUAAGAUCCUCGUUGCUAACAUCUACGUCGGGCUCGUUUCCUUAUUGAAGGAGCCCGUCAAUUUGUCUUCGUUAUUGGAUCAGCUGUUCAGCCUCAAAGCCGCUGCUCGAGUGGGAGCACCGAAAAUGAAGAGGGAAGCGACACUACUCUCUGAUCUCAUCUGCAGCUCGGACUUGCUUAUUAGGCUGGAGAAGUAUAUGAGCAUUCACCCCCAGAAACGGGGGCAAGACCUUCUUGCCAGCUUGCGCACCUAUCAAGUGGAAUCGAGGUCGCUACACCAUCGGUAUCAAAGACGCAGGAAGGUAGACAAGGGAAAAGAGGUGUCUUCGGACCCGAUCGUUUCAGGAGAACUUCACGCACACAAGAUGUCACUAGUCACUCAAGUACAAGACCUCUUCCCCGAUCUUGGCUCAGCCUUUGUUGUACGGCUACUGGACUUUUACAACGACAACCCUGAGACUAUCGUCGCCCACCUUCUCGACGACUCACUUCCUCUGGAGCUCCAUUCUCUAGAUCGAUCCGAGCAACUGCCUCCUCCAGCAGAACCUCACCAUAGCCAUCUCGCACCACAGCCAACACCACCUGCCAUGCCAUCACCUGUCUUCGCACCACUCCCCACCCGCAAGAAUAUCUUCGACCAAGACGUGGACAUCGCCGAACUAAGCCGCUCCGGCGAAGCGCAAGGCAAACUACACUUCGGCCGCGCCGACGCAGACCAAACAGCCGACACAAUCCUCUCAGACCACAGCAAACACGCCGAAAACAAAGCAGCAAUCCUCUCCGCCCUAGCAACCUUUGACUCAGACGACGACGAGCGCGAUGACACCUACGAUACAGCCGACGUAGGCGGCGCCAUCGACGGAGCCACAGGUGGCGCAGACGGCGAAGCCGAUCCUGCUGAGCGCAACCGCCGCGCAGCAGAUAUCGAAACAGUCCUCUUCCGAACAUACAAGUCCAAUCCAGGGCUCUUCGCCCGCGACUCAGCGACCCGCCGAUCACAGCCUCGCAUGUCGUUGAAGCGCGAGACCGAAAUGACUGACGAGGCUAUCGAGGGCUGGGCUCUCAUGCUAACCCGUGAUCCUAAGCGUCUUGCUAAACUCGAAGACCGGCUAGCUAUGGACGCUGGCGGGUCGGCUGGUGCUGGGUCACUUAACCAGCCUGAGUUGCGUUCUACGUCUUACAGGAGGCCGCAGCCUCGUGAGGAUGGGGAGGAUGGUUCUGAUGAGGGCGAGUCCUCUGGCCAUGCUGGUUCGCGGGCCAGAGGAGGCGGUGGACGUGGUGGUCGAGCGCGGGGUGGUGGCGGUCGAGGCCGUGGGGGCCGUGGUGGUGGUCCUCCGUCUGGCGGCCAAGGGCAGCCGGAUAAUGCGGCGUCGAGACAGAGGAAGGAAGAGAACAAGGGUAGUCGGGCAAAUCACAACCGUCGGCAGCAGCAUGCGAAGAAGAUGGCGCGUGGCGGUGGGUUGCCUGGCUAA